AUGGCAGUGACACGUCAUAUUCUUCAAGAAGAAAAUCGGAUUUUAAAAUCAAUCUUCACGUACUUACUUUUAUCAAGAAUAAUUUUUGUUAAUUCUCUCCUGGAACCUGCGUCAAUUAUCUCAAUUUUUUUGAAUGACUCCUGGACUCUAGAACAAUACCCAAAGUUACCUAGAGUUGGAAAAUGCUGCUCUCUAGAAGAAAUAAUGGCGAAAGACGAGAACGGUAUGGCGAAAUGUACACCAGCGGAUGUUCCAAGUUAUCCAAUUUUUUCACCUUACUUCAGCGACUUCAACAAAACUGGAGCGCUCGCUCCAGGUGACAAAAAGGACAAUUUUGUUGCCAUAAUUGGCGAUCCAUGUAAGCACAAAAGAUAUAUGUUAGAACCUGAAAUAUCGAGUGAUGACGAGCAUUAUUUGUUACUCAACGGCUCUAUCUUUAGUCCACAUCAAGUACCCUCAAUGCUGGCAUUGGGAGUCGAUUAUUGCAUGGACAUUAUUCCUGAGCGCGGUUUAAGAACACUCGUGUGCUUCCAAGAACAAGAUCAAGUGACCGCUGACUUCCGUUUGACUUUCUACGCCUCCGGUCUUCUUAUUUCAGUGCCCUUUUUAAUUCUAACUAUCAUUGCCUAUUGCAUCACACCUAAACUUAUGGAUGUACAUGGCAAAGCACUCUGUCACUACUGUGGAUGCUUAGCCGUUGCGUUUACAACUUUAGCGAUUGUUCAGUUAGCAAGUGCUCAUCUUAAUGACCAAUUUUGUGUUUCUAUAGCCUUUGUGAUUCAAUUUUCAUUCGUCGCUUGUUUCUUCUGGCUCAACGUUAUGUGUCUGGAAACAUAUCUUCUGCUACGUAGAUACAUAGACACUGGUAAUUGGGCACCGACGAAGCCCAACGAACUAUUUUUCUAUUACUCCCUGUGGGCUUGGACCCCACCAGCAAUUCUUAUUAUCAUUUCCAUGAUUGCAAACCUGAGCCCGACGGUUCCAAUUGCUUUCGUAAAACCUAAUUUUGGCUCUGAAAGAUGCUGGUUUGAGUCUGAUGUCAAUGCAAUGCCUUACUUCUAUGUACCAGUAGGUCUUUUGGUAAUUGCAAACGUUGUAUUAUUUGCCAUGACUGCCGUAGAAAUAACUCGACACCAACGAGAGCUGGACCUCCGUCGUCUUCGUGAGAACAGAGAAUCUGGACGAGAUGAACGUCGAACUCUGAGCUGGCUGAGGCGGCUCUUUCUUGUCUGUCUGGCUUUGUUCUUUCUGAUGGGAAUAAACUGGGCGAUGGAAGUAAUCUCUUGGUGUGCUGGAGGCGAUCCUCUCACAUGGUCUGCCUUUGACUUUGUCAAUGCACUGCAAGGAAUCUUUGUCUUCGGUAUCUUCGUACUAAGAAAACCCAUAAGGUACCUCGUCUGGUAUCAAGUACAAAAAUUACGUGGUAUUGAUACAAAUGAACCAGAAGUUGCGAGUAUGGAUCGCUGUUUAUUGACAGUUCUCAAUGUUGAAAGGUUUUCUCGUGAAGGAAUAUCCUGA